CUUUGUCAUAAUUUCAACUACUCUACUACUUUCAUUAUUUUUCAAUGUAUUGUAUGAUGCACCGGAAACUAUAACCUAUCAGUUGUUAAUUAAAAUACCACGUUAUUCUGAUAUACAACGUAAUUUGUGCUCGUUGUAGCCUUACCGAAUAGCGAAAGUGGUGAAUGUUUUAAAAUUCUCUAAUUUUGAAUUAUGAUUUUCUAAGAAAUGGUCUACAAACACUUAAGGUUAAGUGCUCGUAGGAAUAAUCCAUGGUCAAGGUCAAAAUCCAUAGCAAAACAUUUUAAUUUAUUCAACUAUCGACUGUAACACGUAGGUCGUAGAGCAUAACUUCAAUAUUAAUAAAAAUGUAAUAUGAAAGAGCUCCACACGCAGUUUCAUGCACUCGCUCCAUCUCACUCCCUCGUAUUCGUGCCAUAUGUCGCCUUAUCUCUUUACGUGGACUCGUGUCGGUUCGAGACUCUUUCGGGUGGACUCGCCGCGCCACGCCUCCGCGCCGCGCGGUACCUAAUACCUAUGCUCUAAUCAUGUCCGCAUGUCCGUCAUGUUCAACGCGUUCGUAGUUCCUGCAUAACAGUACACUUGGAAUGGAAAUGGAACUGUCUGAACAUGUUAAUUUUGACAACUCGGAUUGAAUGAUAUAGUUCCAUAUGAGGACAUAGUUCCAGGAACUAUUUAGGUCCGGAACUACGCAUGUCUACUCAACAUUAGUCAACAAUGUCAAUUGUCAACAUGGCGUGCUGUCAGCGUAUGUUUUGGGAAUUGUUUUAACCGUGUUUUAACAUUUUCUUAAUUUUUUUGCUUAAUCUCUUGGUUGAUCAAUAACUGCUGACUCAAAGCGAAUUUUAAUUUAAUGAAAAUAAAAAAAUGGAAACUGAAGUGAAAAUGUACUUCGGGAGAUGCAGAUGCUGUUUGGAAUAUGGUUAUUUAAAAUAUUUAUGGUCCGAACAUAAAUGGCAGGGACAUACAGAGGUGUACGGCGAAAUGUUAACGAAAUGCUACGCUUUUUCGUGGAUCCAGUUAGACUCUGAAGAUUACAAUCAAAUCUGUGAUCCAUGCAUAAAGAGGCUAAGGGAGUCGUGCAGUUUUAGGAAUUUAGUUAUAAGAUCCCAGAAACAACUGAUGGACGAGAUAAGUAAUGGCCAUGAAUCAACAAUAAAAAUUGAGUAUGUAAAUGAAGCAGAGAAAGACUCAUCGGAGCCAGAACUCAUGAGGGAUAGUGUGUAUGAAGAAGUGGAAUUUUUAGAUGAUGUUCCUGUUGAUGUCAAACCGAAAGAGAAUGUAGACAGAAAAAGAAUGAGCAUCAGUCCAACAAAGAGAAAACUUCCGAACAAACAAGCAAAGAACAUUGACAAUAGGUUAACAAAAUAUGUUGUGGGAGACCCAGAGAAGACUAUGGAUGUGUCGCGAAGUAAAAAAAACUCACGUAUAGAUACUACAAAUCACAAUGGGAAUUCAAAUAGAAUGUUGACUGAGGAAUUGGAUGAGUAUUCAGAUAAACAGACUUUGGUGCCAAAAAUUGAAUUCUUAGAAGUGGAAAGCCAAGAAAUCGUUGAAGAAAUUAACAAGGAUGAGGAAAUUGGACUCGAGAAGAAAACAUAUGAAGAAGUGGAGUAUUUAGAGGAAGAUGUUACAGACAACAGUCAACUAGAGAAAGAUCCGAUAACAGUUUGCUUAACCCGGAAAUGGCCCAAGAAACUACCCCGAGCCGAACGCAACAAGAGGUAUCUUCAGUACACCGAGGAGGAUCUGAGGAAUGGCGUGGAGGCAGUCAGAAACAACAGAAUGUCUAGAUUAGAAGCGGCUGAAUUCUAUAACGUUCCGAGGAAGACUUUGGCUGCCAAACUCAAAAUGGACGAGGAGAGUGUAGACCCGGCACGAGAAGAGAUGUACGUAUUCAUAAAGGAAAUAAAAAAAAUACUCUCAUUCACGAAUGCCACGCCCUACAAAAGUAAAAUGUCCACCUACAGCUGCGCCUAUUGCACCGAAGUGUAUUUCCAAACGGCGGACGACCUCCGCAACCACACGCGCACAAACCACAUCGACGAGCGAACGAAGAAGGUCGACCUCAUGAUGAGACCUCACGCGAUGAACGAAAUCUUAAAGUUAGACGUGAAAAACCUCAUUUGUGUGGUCUGUUGCAUCCCGAUGGACGACUGGAAUGGUCUAUUUAGGCAUUUAAAGAAUACACACGGUAUCGUCUUCACCUACGCGUACAAAAGGGUCAUUCCGUAUAUCUUGGACGAGGAGCCUGACUGCGUGCUCUGCAAGCAACACUUCACGAACUAUGUCCAGCUCGACGUCCACAUGAACAGCCACUACGACAACUACGUCUGUGACGAUUGCGGCCAGACCUUCAUAUCGGCUGCCAGGCUAAAGAAUCACUCCAAGAAGCACGAUGUUGGGAAGCACACGUGCAAAUACUGCAACAAAGUGUUCGGUCUAGAGCAUUACCUCAAGAAGCACGAGGCGGUCGUUCACAAAGCCAGGUUGUACUACAAGUGUUACCACUGCCCGGAGAAGCUGCCAAGCGAUAGGGAGAGGAAGGAGCAUAUCGAAGCGAACCACAGGGAGAAAGUUAAGGAGAUCAGCUGUGACAUGUGCGGCAAGAUAUUCAAUUGGCGGCAGUACUACAUCGCGCAUCUGAGGAAGGUCCAUGGCGACAGGAAAUACGAGUGCACAGUUUGCGAUAAAAAGUUUUCUCAGAAUGGAGAUUUGAGUCGGCACGUCGAGUCCAGGCAUAACGGCGCCAAGAACCACGUGUGUCCGAUGUGCGAAAGGAGAUACUCCUCGAAAGCGGCGCUGGUGACGCACUUCAAAAUUCAUUCGAACAAUAACGAAGUUGUCGUUAUAAAUUACACAUAAGCAACUCUUAGGGUUCUCACUAGCUGUACGAUUUUAGCGAAUCGUAAACAAAACUUCAUUGACGGUUUAAUUUCGCCUCUUUAUGAUGUCAAUUAACUUUUUGACUGCCCUGUUUGUAGGUAUAAUGACCGAGCGGGUGAUAUGGCUUGGUCGAAGAUUAUUCCUCCGUGAUUAUACCUACAAACUGACGGUCCGAAUGUUGUUCGGAACUUGUAUAUAUGCAAGCUUAUUUUGAAAAUGUCGCAAACGAGAUUCAGGUAUUUGUUAAAUAUAUUGUGUUGUAUGAUUGCUGCCGCCACACCAUUUGGGUCACACGUGCACUUGCAGCGCACUGAAGUAAUUAUUUCGAUCUAGUAAGCCAAUCCGUAGAGUCCCAGAAUGAAUCUAAGAGUAAGAGACCUAAUUACGUUAUACGUUAGAAAUAAAAGAAACCAAAGUUGGACGAUCCAGAAAUCGACAUAAUUACUUUAGUGUGCCGUGUAAGGCACCACGGGUUUACGUGGCGGUCAAAGGGUUAAUUUAUCUGGACUGGGUUAAUUAUUGAAAAAAUUAUCGAUAGAGAUUUAAAUCGUUUUAUUGCAUAGUACAAUGAUACACACUGUCUUAUUUAGGAAGAGUACCUAACCUAUUUUAUUAAACGACUCUACAAUGAGUAGAUGUGUAGAUGCGACAUUUAAUAUUUGAUGCAGAAUACAUUAGGGCAAAGAACGUUUGAGAGUUAUGUACUUACUUUGCAAUAUUAUUUGCGACGUUACACAAAAACUGGACAGCUGUCUUCAAUCACGGAUGCCAUUAAUAAAGGCGAGAUUAAACCGUAAAAUUAAUUGUAAGCUAUGUUUGAUAAAACUGAUAAAAGUAGAAAAUAAACGAUAAGCCAUUGAAAUGUAAAUUUGUUAAUUUUGUAAAAAUAAAACUAAGCACUAGUCUCCAUGAAAUAACUCUCCACAGGAUAGAAUUUUCGCGCGAUACUGACAAAUGACGUCAUUGUUGCGUUGAAUUCAUUUAAAACGGAGAUUCGAACACUGAGGUAAGUAUCAGUUUUUUAAAAACAAAUACGUACCGAACAUGUAUCAAAAAAACAAUUUAAAUGUACUACGGGACGAACAGACAUAUUACAAAUUUAUUUGUACAUUUCUUGCAUCAAAUGAAGGUAAAAUUAUAUUUUCUUCUACAGAGACGGUUAGCAUUUUUUUUUCAAUUUUUGCUCACUUAUAUUAUAGAUCCAAUGGAUGUGGAAGAAAAUGGUUCGUCCGAAGAAUCUGUUAUUAGAGUCAAAAAAAAACCUAAUUUUUUAACGACUUAUUUUCUGAAAGUGACUCACCUGUGAUGCACGUCACCCCAUGCAAUAGUCAAGUGUGACGUACCGGUGGGUCACGCGGCCGCGCCGGCGCCGGCGUGAACAUACUAAAGGAUGUUUAUUUUUGGAAUGAAAGGUCCGUUUUAUUUGGUAUCAGUAUCAACAAUUCGAUGUUUUUCAUUAAACUUCAAUAUUAAGACCCAAUUCAAACAGCUGAAGUACUUAGCUUUUUUUUGUUAUGAUAUGGUUUUCCAAAUAUUUUAACUUUAAAAGGCUCUUCUGUAAAGUUGUAACAAUAUCGCUUAAAACAAAUGUUAUUCACCCCUCGAUACGUACCGAACAGGUAUCAACUAACCAAUUUAAUUGUAAUACGGGACGAACAGACAAUAUUAUAAAUAUAUUUGUACUUUCUAUUGAUGUCGCGUCAUAUGUACUUUUGUAGUGUUGUGAAAAAUGUAGUCGCUAAAAGCGAGACUAUAAGCGAGAAAUAAAGAUUUAUUUUGUACGUGUA